AUGGCCUCCUCUGAAGAUUCAAGCAAGAGUCUGUCUAUAUAUAUCUUUGGCCGAGAUUAUGUAUCAUGGCCACGAGGAGUCGCUGCAUUAGAUAUAAUAAAUACAUUUGAACGUAAACACAAAAUACUAGGCAUUAUCGGAGCAAUCGAUUGUACACACAUUCCCAUUAAAAAACCACAAAAGCAUGGAGAAGAUUACUUUAAUCGCAAGCAACGUUAUAGUAUCGUUCUCCAAGCUGUUGUGGAUGCCAAUAAAAAAUUUAUUGAAGUUACUUGCGGAGAACCUGGAUCUUUGCAUGAUUACAGAGUUUUGAGAAGGUCAAAGCUAUAUAGAAUGGCACAAUCAAGAUACGAAGAAAUAUUUCCAAACUCGACAUUUAUUAUUGGAGAUUCUGAUUACCCUUCUACAAACUGGAUUGUGUCACCUUACAAAAAUUAUGGGAAUUUAACCGAUAGCCAAAAAAAAUUUAAUGAAAAACACUCAUCUGCUCGUAUUGUAGUUGAGAACGCUUUUGGUUUACUAAAAACUCGUUUUCGAAGAUUAUUAAAAUUUACGAAGCAGACAAAUUUGGCUGCAAUAACAAAUAUAGUUGUAAGCGUUUGUAUUUUACAUAAUAUUUGUAUUAUAAAGGAUGAUUUGUUCGAGAAUGCUGAAUCAAAUAGUCAUAAUGAAAGCAAUGACGAACAGCAAGCGGAUGAAGAGCAUGAAUUAGAUCAUGUUCAUUCAUAG